AUGGUGGGCCCACUCCUCAGGAGUUUGGGUCCUCCCCUCAGAAAAUUUCUGGUUAAUAAAAUUAUUCAACAAAUUGUUGAAGAAAUAAGAAAAGAACGAGAAAAUUCCAAUGACCGUUAUGAAGCAUUAGAACAAAUAAAUGAUCAACUUCGAUUAGAAUCAGAAAAUAAUAUGGAAUCAAUUCGUCAAUCUUACAUAAAUACUGUUAAUGAACUUAAUGAAGAAUUACUUGCCAUGAAAGAACAAUGCGAACAAAUUGAUGCUGAAAAACAAUUUUUAACUAAUCAACUUGAAAAUCAAUCUAUUAUAAUUAAUCAAGAUCGUGAUACAGAACAAACUGAAAAGUCUCUUGAUACAAUUGAUAAUAUUAAUCAUAUUUGGAAAGAAUUACGAAAUAUAUUAUUACUUUCAAAUGAAGCUUCUCUUGAAGAAAUCAUUGUUGGUAUAGAUAAUUUAGGAAAAGAAAAUGUUGUAUUAAAAGAAAACGAAAUUUCAUUAACAAAAGAUCUUGAAUAUAUUAGUCAACAGUUGAUUGAUGUCGAUCAACAAUGUGAACAAUUAAAACAACUUAAUAAAGAAUUAUUAUUAAAAAAAUCAACAAAUUCAUUAGAUGAUGAUCAACUUACACAAGAUUAUAUUUUAUUAGAAAAUCAAUAUACACAGUUAGAUAAUGCAAAUCGAGCAUGGCAACAAUUUUAUGAUAAUCAAAUAGAUUUAUUAAAAAAUAAAUUUAAAGAUUAUUUAGAUUUUGAUGAGAAUUUAAAUUUUGAUCAAAUUAUUCAAAUAAUUGCCACAAAAUUUGAUGAGCAAAAACAUUUAAAGACAAAUAUUUCAUCAGACGAUAGAAUAUAUCGAGUUAUCAAGAGUUCUGUUAUCAUACUUUCAAUGAUAUUUGUACAUAUAAUAAUUGAUUUACUGACUCUAGGAACAACAAUAAAUAAAGAUAAUAUCUUAGAUAUAUCACCUGUUGAUACACAAUCAAAUAACCAAAUUAUAAAUCUUCAAGAAGAAAUCAAAUGUUUAGAACAACAAUUAAAAGAUGAUCUUGAUUUAAUUGAUUCAUUAAAAAAUAAUUUUCAAUUAAUUACACAAGAAAAUGUACAACUUACAAAACAAUAUGAUGAAAUUCAACAAAAAAAUGAUUUACUUAGUAAAGAAAAUCAUAAUUUAACUAAUAGAUUAAAUCAAUUAGAAAAUCAAUCUUUUUCUUUUGAUUCUCCACAAGAAAAUGGUAAGUUUAUUACUUUUCACAAAGUACAAAAAUCUCAACUAUCAAACAGAAAAAAACAACAACAUAUCUCUAACAAUUCUUUAUUUACAGCUUUACAAUUAUCAAGUAAUCAAAUUCAACGAACUGAUCAUUCUCCAAUUGAAGAAACUUCAUUAAAUAUAAUUUCACAUGUUCAAUCUUCAAAUAUGAAACAAGAAAUUGAACAAUUAAGAAAUGAUCUUGCUAUUACUACAACAAAAUGUACUCAAUUCGAUGAAGCUAAUCGUGCAUGGCAACAAUAUUAUCAAAAUCAACUUGAAUUAUUUCAUGAAAAAUUACAAGAUUGGAUUUCAUUGGAUGCUAAUGCAAGUCUAGAACAAAUAGCACAUCAAAUUGCUAUGUAUCUUAAUCAAUUAGCAUAUGAAAGAAAUUUAUUAUUACAAAACAAUAAUCCAUCAGGUACAAAAUUAUUCUACGAAGCAUUCAUUUUCAAUUCAAACACAUAUACACAAAAUCAUUCAUGA